CUAUCUCCUCAGUCAAGCUGUUCAGUCUAUUCGCAUUGAUUUGUUGCGUCGGAUUGCUCGCAAUAACUCUUCGCCACACUGUGGCGCAUUGAACCAUUGCCUUUCACCUAAGUCACCGUGCGACUGUCACAACUCGAUCAUGUAUCCAUAUCAACGUGCGACGCGGUGAUUUCAAUUCCGACUGUAUAAACUCUUGUGAUUACGAUGGUAUAUAGUGGGAGGCCUAGUACUGGCUGUUACCUGUGUCGCCGUCGCAAGAUCAAGUGCGACGAGGCGCGACCCGGAUGCAGAAAUUGUGAGAUAUACGGCAAGACAUGUCCCGGAUAUCGACCACAGAUCGUCCUUCAGGACAAAUCGCAUCAUACUUCACGGAAAUGGAGAUCGACGCUGGUAGCCGGUAACGAUGCACAACACAAAUCCUCAGAUCUUAGCCGUGAGCACGAACACGAUGCAUUGGCAUUGACGACAAAACCGCGCUGGCUUGCGGAUGUGAGCAUGGACGAUCGCGCACUUUGCUAUUUCUUCGAUCAAUACACCACCCAACGAACACCAGAUUCUCUCCCGGGAGCCCUCGAAUCCAUUCCUUUACUCUACGUGCUAUGUCGCGAAAACGAAGUGGCCGGUAGUCCCUCAUCGUGUCUACGCUGGGCCGUUGAAGCAGCAGCCCUAACAUCCUACGCCAACGAAGCGCAUGACCGCCAUCUCGCGUUUCAGGCAAGACAGAGAUACGGCCUUGCGCUACAAGGGUUGAAAGAGGCUCUUUCGAUGCCCGUGGAGAAAAUGCAGGAUAGUACCUUGGCGACUAUUUUGUUGUUGGUGAUUUUUGAGGAUAUUAAUGGUGAAAGAACGCAGUUGGAGAGUUCGCAUACGGCUGGAUUGGAGCUUGUGGCGAGGUUGCAUACGUAUAGGAGGUUGGAUAGUAAGUAUAGUCGGUGUUUGUUUAAUUUUGCGUAUACACAGUUGCAAAUUCAAAUUCUGGGUCUGGGAUCGCAACCGAAACUCGAUUUGCACUUUCUGGUUGAUCUCUUCGAUCGAUCUGACCCGUUACAAAGCUUGAUGAGCAUUGUUACGAAACUGAGUCAAUUCGUCCUCGACGCCCCCAUUCUACUGAGCUGUAGCAAUCCGGUUUCCAACGUUCAGGAUCUCGGCUUGGAAUACCUGGCGAAUAGUCUAUCGCGUGUGCAGACUCUGGAUGAAGAAUUGGGUAUCUGGUGUCGAAAUGUGCCCGAUCAAUGGCUCCCAAGGGUAGUAUACUCUACCACGGGCGAAGCAUUGAUUACCUGUGUGAGUGUAUCGGCAGCUACCCUGUGGAAUUUCUAUCGGUGUUCGCGGGUUAUUGUGCAGACGAUUAUAGACAACAUCUACACGCGACUGGACAGACUCAACGAGGCUGUUUUCACGACUACAGCUUAUAAUACCCCGGACACUAUCAUGAACAGCCCUAUUACCAACAGAACAUCAGCAUCCCCAUCGUCCUCGGUGCUUUCACAAAGCACACCCUACGAAAUCGUCCAAAAUAUGAUCGUCGAUAUCUGCCGCAGCAUGCCGUUUACCUUGGGUGAUGUGGAUUCCAGCGGCAAUCCCUUAAAUGAAAAAGGCGCAGAGCAUGCGAAUACGCGCAUCAAAGCAAUUGAAGGGUAUGAACUGCUGUGGCCGUUUUGGCAUGUGUUGACGUCGCAUUUCUCAACGCCGAAGCAGAGGUUGCAGGCGCGCGAGGGGUUAUAUCGGUUGGAUGGGAUGGGGAUUAAGUUGGCGUCGAAGAUGGCGGGGGCUGUUGAUCUCAGUUCUUUUACUUGA